AAUCACUUGGGCUUUGAACGAACGCAAACAAUAACAACAAAAAAGAUACACCAGACAAAAGAACGUUCAGGGACCGAUUUUCCCGCAGUACGAAAACAACGGCGGCCGACUACGUCGGAAAAAGCAAUAAAUACACAAAACAAUAGACCCGCCGCCGACGAGCGACGCGUCAUUUCCACCAUUUUUUUUUCCGCCUACUAGUGCGUUAUUUGUGAUUUUGCAUUGUCAGCAGUUUAUAUUUUUUUUUUUAAAGAAAAAAUGAAACUGCUUUUGGUGGCCAUCGUGGCCUGCCUUCUGGCCAUGGGCUACUGCAAGGAGAGGAAAAUCUCCAUGCUAUCCGACGAAUUUAUUGAGUUGGUCAAAAACAAGACCAAAACAUGGGAGGCUGGACGUAAUUUUGAUGAAGACGUCUCGGAGGAGUACAUCCGUGGCCUGAUGGGCGUUCAUCCGGAUGCCUACAAGUUCGCCUUGCCGGAAAAACAACAAGUCCUGGGCUAUCUCUACCAGAAAGUGGAUGACAUUCCCAAGGAGUUUGAUGCCAGGGAAAAGUGGCCCAACUGUCCCACCAUCAACGAGAUCAGGGAUCAGGGAUCCUGCGGCUCCUGCUGGGCCUUUGGUGCCGUGGAAGCCAUGUCCGAUCGGGUGUGCAUCCACUCCGGUGGCAAUGUUAACUUCCGUUUCUCGGCCGAUGAUCUGGUGUCCUGCUGCCAUACCUGCGGCUUUGGCUGCAAUGGUGGAUUCCCCGGUGCCGCCUGGAGCUAUUGGACCCGCAAGGGCAUUGUCAGCGGCGGACGAUAUGGAUCCAAAACGGGUUGCCGUCCCUACGAGAUUGCGCCCUGUGAGCACCAUGUGAAUGGCACCCGUGCUCCUUGCAACCACGACAGCAAGACGCCCAAGUGCCAGCACCAGUGUGAGGCCGGCUACAAUGUGGAGUACGCCAAGGACAAGCACUUCGGCUCCAAGUCCUACUCGGUGCGACGCAAUGUACGCGACAUCCAGGAGGAGAUCAUGACAAACGGACCCGUGGAGGGAGCCUUCACUGUCUACGAGGAUUUGAUCCUGUACAAGAGCGGUGUCUACCAGCACGAGCAUGGAAAGGAACUGGGCGGCCAUGCCAUUCGCAUCCUGGGCUGGGGUGUAUGGGGCAAGGAGGAAGUGCCCUACUGGCUGAUUGCCAACUCGUGGAACGACGACUGGGGUGACAAGGGAUUCUUCCGCAUUCUGCGUGGCGAGGAUCAUUGCGGCAUUGAGAGCGCCAUCGCGGCCGGUCUGCCCAAGCUGGUUUAGCCCAUCCAUUCACUAAUAUAGCCUUCUGCCGAUAUAUCGACAAACUAUAAACCAUAACCUAUUUUUGUAUUUCAUUCCGAGCUCAAGCCCACAAGACGAUUAUUGUAGCUAAUGUAAACAGCAACCAAAACCUGAUUGAUAAUAAAGUAUUUGAAUAUGACUGUGGA